AAUGUUAACAGAUAUACGAGUCAAUUUAAAAUCCAAGUGCCUCUCCAAGAGAUAGAGGUUAUCGUUAAAUCUAGAGUUAAAGAGCAAAAAGAAACCACUCACUUUGCGGAAACAACAUUAAACUUAAGACAAGUCUUCAAGGAUUUUUUUGGAUCUGAAGUUUUGGUGUGCAACUAAUGGCGAAGAUCAAACCUCAAGCUUUACUGCAGCAAAGCAAGAAAAAGAAAGGACCGACUCGUAUAAGCAUAACCAACAUCGUCAUUUACAGCUUGGCUCUGCUAUUGGUUAUCCUCGUCCUCUUCUCCGCUUACAGACGUUGGACCCAGAGAUCUGAGAUCCCCACGCACAAUGGUAGAUCAGUUCUUGAGGAUGCAGCCUUCCCCGGAAUGAAGAAUACCAAUGUCCCACGGUUUGCUACCUUAGAUACGGCCAAAGGUUCAGUGAGAAUUGAGCUGUUCAAGGAUACUGCUCCCAAUGUUGUUGACCAGUUCAUGAGAUUAUGUCAAGAUGGGUAUUUCAAAGGUUUCUUAUUCCGUCGAGUUGUAAAGCAUUCUGUGAUUCAAGCUGGUGACUCUGGUGAGUUCGACGCCGUCAAAGAUUGGGCACUCGAAAGGAAGAAUCUUGAUACCAGUUUAAAACAAGACGACUUUGUGGUGGCUACUCCUAAAGCUAAAAACGAGCAAGGAGGAUUUGAGUUUUUCAUUGUAUCUGCUCAGAUCACAGAUCUCAACGAAAAAUUGACAGUCUUUGGUCGAGUUGCCAAGGGACAAGACGUCGUUCACGAGAUCCAGGAGGUUGAGACAGAUGAACAGUAUCAACCAAAAUCGCCAAUUGAGAUCAUGUCCGUUACUUUGCUUCAGGACAUGUGAAAGCUUUGUGUGAAAACCUCAAGUGAUUUUUGUUGUAUUGCUCUGUAAUUUGAACGCUUUUCAUCACCUCGUUUGCACUUUGCUGUUGUUGCAUAAUUUUCUAAUCUAUCCUUUCGCAU